UCUUUGUAUAUAUAAGCUUAAUUCUUUUUAAUUCGAUUCAUUAAAACAAAUUUCAUUUAACCGUUAGUUUCCUUAAAGUGUUCAAGAUGGAAGAUCAAUUUAUCCUUUUAGAAAAUACUAAUGUUACGAUUGUGAAUAGAAAAAAAUCUUACGAAAUUUCUAAACAAAAGUUAUCAUCGAUUCCUUACUUUGUGAAAUUAUUAGCCGAUUCUGAUUGUGACUUGGCCGACACAACCAAAAUAGUAUUUGAUCUUGAUGAAAGUUCAUUCGAUAAUAUUGUUGAUUUUAUCGUCAACAAUCAUCUAUCAAUAUCCAUGGAAAAUGCCUUCUCAAUGAUGGAAAUUGCUGAUUAUCUCGAAAUGGACGAUAUCAAGCAGAAGUAUUAUGAUUGUUUCGUGUCUAAUUUCAAUAUAAAACGAUUGAGCGAGUUUUUGGAUUUUUAUGAGAAUCGUAAAUACCCUGAAAAUUUUACUGAAGAUGCGGUGAAAUCUUUCAUUGGGAAAUAUUUUGUUCCAAUUUCCAACACGUUAGCAUUUCUGCAGUUUCCUGUCGCUCUAAUUGAACGAAUUUUAAAAAUGGAUUUGGUUGUUUCUUUCGAGUAUCAAAUAGUUGCAGCUAUUGAUCGUUGGGUUAAAUCGAAUGAAAAAGAUCGGAAAAAAUAUCUUCCUCAACUCAUUAAGUUCGUCAAUUUUUGUCAUUUGACAGAAAGAGAGAUAACAAGAGUCCUUUUAAGGUUCGGAAAUUCUGAGUUCAAUCAACAGUUGAAAGAACAUUCUCCCCAUGCUUGUCAACCCGAAUUCUGCCAAUCUGAUUGUAAAAGUAAUCGACAUUCCUACAAGUCUUUGGUCUCAAUCUAUGAACUUGGUGAAGAUAAGAUUGAGAUCCGUCGAUUGUCAAGAUCAAAUAAUUGGACAAAAAGUUACCGAUUCACUCGCGAUGAGACAAUGUCCACUUCUCUGAUUGAGGCUGAUCAUAUUGUCGAUAUAAUCUAUGAUUCUGGAAGAAAAGGUAUUCGAGUUGAUUGGAACACAAAGAAAUUCAAAUAUUUGAAAAUGUUUGGUGGUGACGAUUCUUAUUAUGGUCAAGUUUACAAGUACUUCGCUCAUGAUUUUUGUACUGAUUCUACCCAUUUAAAGAUCGCGAAUAGGCCUAAAGAAUCUAGUUAUGAAGUUUUCAACAUAAAGCGUGUGGAAGCCAUUGCUCUGGUGAUAAGCUGGAGGGAAUUUGCUAUCGGGAUGGAUAUUCGAGUGAUGAUGCUUGGAUUAAAGAAUGGAAUGAUGACGAUAGCAAUUCGUGUGUUGAUGAUAAGUCCCCUGAAAGAUCCCCUGAAUCUGAUGAGUUUGAUGUUCAUAGAUCGACUAAUCAAUAUUAUCUUCGAUCUGUUGAUUAUCGAAAACUGUCUGCUUGUGAAUUCCAAGGAUCAACUCAAGCUCUGUCAUGUUUCUCUUUAAAUACAAAUAACGAAUCAAAAGUCUUGUAUUAUUUGACGAAAGUUGAUUUCAGUCGACAUUCAUUGCGAGGAUUUGGAAGUAAAGUAGCUGUACUUGACUAUUCGUUUCUGAAAGAUUUCAUCGGAAGCGAUUCUCUUGAUCACAUUGAGCUGAUCUCUCAUAACAACUCGAUUCUAAUUUGUAACAAGGAAUCGAAAAUGAUUUAUUCUUAUAUUGAGGCUACUGAUUGCUGGCAAUUUAUAUCUACAAGUGAAUCUCCCGAAAAGAUGAUCGCAAUUGCAUCCGUCUUUUUCCCGAUCGGAUUGGAGUAAUAACUAAUUGUCAGUCAAUUUAAAAUAUUGAUGUUUAAUCAUUUGAAACAAGUAAAUUUGAUUGACUAUUCCUUAUGUACCUUUCUUACAAUAUUACAUUUUGUUUCUUAAUUUCAAUUCAUCAAUAACAAUAAAAUCAUUUAAUUCAUUAAUAAUUAAAAA